AUGCAAAAGGUGUGGGAGGAUGAACUCGUCCUUCAAGAUUGGAAAGAUUCCCUUAUGGUUGUUCUGUACAAGGGGAAAGGUUCAAAAGACCUGCGUGGAAACUCCUACAACAUAUCCCUCCUCUCUGUCGUUGUUUUCUUCUGCCUCUUCUUCGUUUUCUUCUGCCUCUUCUACGUUUUUUUUUUACUCCUCCUCUUAUUCUUCUCUUCGUUUUCUUUUUCACUCCAUUUCUUCCCUUAUAUUCGUCAUCUGUUCUUAUUUCCCUUCCCCUACUCUUUCUGCUUUCCUUCCUUUUUUUUCAUUUUAAUUUUCCGGAACUGCUCUCAUUCUUUUUCUACCUUACUUUUAAUUCUUUUUCUCCUUUAUAUUUGUCUUUCAUUGAAUCCUUUUUCUUUCUCCGUUUCUCUCUUUUGUCUUUCUCCGUUUCUCUCUUUUUCCUCUUUGCUUUCUUGUUUUUUUUUUUCGUUCUCUCUCUCUCCCUUUCGCUCUCUCUCUCCCUUUCGCUCUCUCUCUCUCCCUUUCGCUCUCUCUCUCUCUCUCUUUCGCUCUCUCUCUCUCUUCUAUGUGCCUUUUUUAUAA